UACAAAACAAUAUCAUUAUACACGUGUAUGAUACGUAAAAUGUAUUAGUUUGAAACAGAACGUGUGUGUGUUGUACACAGGAACCAUCGUUGUGUGAGUGUAUGUUUGACACCGGACUGUUUCCAGCGGCGCGCAUUCAGUUCGCGUCUGUUUACUGGCUCUAGUUUCUGUUGUUAAUUCGUCACAAACACACACUCUUCACACAUGUAUGUUUAAACUUUAUCCUCCCGUGACUGACUCAGAUCAUGGCCGUGCCGAUGGAAAGUCAGCUGCAGAGCAUUUUCGAAGAUGUGGUGAAAACGGAGGUGAUUGACGAGGCGUUCUCUGGGAUGUUUAUGGACAGCACAGAGGAUGAGAGGACGAAACUUGUGAGCUGUUUAGGAGCGUUCAGACAGUAUUGGAACGGUCUGCCUCAGGAUUCACAUGAUCAGUGUGUGCAGUGGAUCGUGCGCUUCACUCAUAGUCAACACAGUCCCAAACGCAUCUCCUUCCUCUAUGACUGUCUGGCCAUGGCUGUGGAGACCAGCCUCCUGCCGCCCAGAAUGGUGUGUCAGGCUCUCGUCAGUUCUGACAGUCUGGAGUGGGAGAGAACGCAACUGUGGGCCUUGACCUUCAAACUCAUUCGCAAAAUCAUUGGUGGAGUCGACUACAAGGGGGUGAGAGAUUUACUGAAAGCCGUGCUGGAUAAGAUUCAGACCAUCCCAAACUUCGUCAGCUCGGCUGUGGUUCAGCACCUGUCAGCGGCACGAGAGGUUGUGGAAUACAUACUGGACCGUAACGCCUGCCUGCUGCCUGCCUACUUCGCAGUGACGGAGAUCAGAAAGCUGUGUCCAGAGGGGGCGCUCUCACACUGGCUUUUGGGAAGCUUGAUUUGUGACUUUGUUGACAGCUUCAGACCCACAGCCCGAAUAAACUCCAUUUGUGGUCGCUGCAGUCUCUUGCCGGUGGUCAACAAUUCUGGGGCGAUUUGUAACUCAUGGAAACUGGACCCAAGCACUCUGCGUUUCCCUCUGAGAGGAAUGCUGCCGUAUGAUAAGGAUCUGUUUGAUCCGCAGACGGGUCUGUUGAGAUACGUGUUGGAGCAGCCGUACUCCAGAGACAUGGUCUGCAACAUGCUUGGCCUCAACAAACAGACCCUGAACAUUGCUCAGCACAAGCAGAGAUGUCCGGUUCUGGAGGACCAGCUGGUAGAUCUGGUGGUGUACGCCAUGGAGCGCUCUGAGACGGAGGAACAGUUUGAUGACGGCGGCACAAGUCAGCUCCUGUGGCAGCAUCUCUCCAGCCAGCUCAUCUUCUUUGUUCUGUUCCAGUUUGCUAGUUUCCCUCACAUGGUUCUCUCGCUCCAUCAGAAGCUGGCCGGUCGAGGGUUAAUCAAAGGCCGUGAUCACCUGAUGUGGGUCCUCCUGCAGUUUAUCUCGGGCAGUAUUCAGAAGAACGCUCUGGCCGACUUUCUGCCCGUCAUGAAACUCUUUGACCUGCUUUAUCCUGAGAAAGAGUGUAUUCCUGUCCCGGACAUCAACAAACCUCAGUCCACACACGCCUUCGCCAUGACGUGCAUCUGGAUCCAUCUGAACCGUAAAGCUCAGAACGACAACUCCAAACUACAGAUUCCCAUCCCGCACUCGCUGAAACUUCAUCACGAGUUUCUUCAGCAGAGUCUGCGCAGUAAAAGUUUGCCCAUGACAGAUUACAAGAUCGCUCUGUUGUGUAACGCGUACUCCACAAACUCUGAAUGCUUCACGCUGCCCAUGGGGGUGCUGGUGGAGACCAUCUACGGGAACGGCAGCAUGAGGAUUACUCUGCCUGGGACCAACUGCAUGGCAUCUGGAUCGGUCACACCUCUACCCAUGAACCUGCUGGACUCGCUCACUGUUCACGCUAAAAUGAGUCUGAUCCACAGCAUCGCAACUCGUGUGAUUAAACUGGCUCAUGCUAAGUCCAGUCUGGCUUUGGCCCCUGCACUGGUGGAGACAUACAGCAGACUGCUGGUCUACAUGGAGAUAGAAUCUCUGGGCAUCAAGGGCUUCAUAAGUCAGCUCCUGCCGAAUGUGUUCAAGUCUCACGCGUGGGGGAUCCUGCACACGCUGCUGGAGAUGUUCAGCUACCGGAUGCAUCACAUUCAACCUCAUUAUCGCGUACAGCUCCUCUCUCACCUUCACUCGCUCGCUGCUGUUCCACAGACCAAUCAGAAUCAGCUGCACCUUUGUGUUGAGAGCACAGCUCUGAGGUUGAUCACGGCUUUAGGAAGUUCAGAAGUUCAGCCGCAGUUCACACGAUUCCUGAGUGAUCCUAAAACAGUGCUGUCUGCAGAGUCAGAGGAGCUGAACAGAGCGCUCAUCCUCACGCUCGCUCGAGCUACACACGUCACAGAUUUCUUCACAGGAUCAGACUCUAUUCAGGGAACCUGGUGUAAAGACAUCCUUCAAACCAUCAUGAACUUCACACCUCAUAACUGGGCAUCUCACACGCUCAGCUGUUUCCCCGCUCCGCUGCAGGCUUUCUUCAAGCAGAACAAUGUUCCUCAGGAGAGCCGCUUUAACCUGAAGAAGAAUGUAGAGGAGGAGUACAGGAAGUGGAAGUCCAUGACCAAUGAGAAUGACAUCAUCACACACUUCUCCAUGCAGGGCUCACCGCCGCUCUUCCUCUGUCUGCUGUGGAAAAUGCUGCUGGAGACUGACCACAUAAACCAGAUCGGCUUCAGGGUUCUGGAGCGUAUCGGAGCGCGUGCGCUGGUGGCUCAUGUGCGGACGUUUGCAGACUUUCUGGUGUACGAGUUCUCCACGUCAGCGGGGGGGCAGCAGCUGAACAAGUGUAUUGAGAUUCUGAACGAUAUGGUGUGGAAGUAUAACAUCGUGACCCUGGACAGACUCAUCCUCUGCCUGGCUAUGAGAAGUCAUGAAGGAAACGAAGCUCAGGUGUGUUACUUCAUCAUACAACUCCUCCUCCUCAAACCCAACGACUUCCGCAACCGCGUCAGUGAUUUUGUGAAGGAAAACGCUCCUGAACACUGGCUACAGAGCGACUGGCACACCAAACACAUGACGUAUCACAAGAAGUAUCCAGAGAAACUGUAUUUUGAAGGUUUGGCCGAUCAAGUGAACCCCCCCAUCCAGCUGCAGUCACAGUAUCUGCCCAUCUACUUCGGUAACGUGUGUCUGCGGUUCCUGCCAGUGUUUGACAUCGUCAUCCAUCGCUUCCUCGAGCUGCUUCCUGUGUCCAAAUCUCUGGAGACACUGCUGGAUCACCUGGGAGGACUUUACAAGUUUCACGAUCGACCUGUGACGUACCUGUACAACACACUUCAUUACUACGAGCGCCACCUGCGAGAUCGCUCCAACCUGAAGAGGAAACUGGUUCACGCCAUCAUGAGUUCACUGAAGGACAACCGCACACCCGGCUGGUGCCUCAGCGAGACGUAUCUGAAGUGUGGAAUGAACCCCAGAGAGGACAGCGUCUGGAUUCCAGACGACACUUACUACUGCAAACUCAUCGGACGACUCGUAGAUACCAUGGCAGGUAAAUCUCCCGGUCCGUUUCCUAACUGUGACUGGCGCUUCAACGAGUUCCCAAACCCGGCGGCUCACGCUCUACACGUCACCUGCGUGGAGCUCAUGGCUCUGGCCGUGACGGGGAAAGAUGUUGGAAACGCUCUGCUCAAUGUCGUGCUAAAGAGUCAGCCUCUGGUUCCUCGUGAGAGCAUCACUGCAUGGAUGAACGCUAUUGGACUGGUCAUCACCGCUCUGCCUGAGCCGUACUGGAUCGUCCUUCAUGACCGGAUCGUGAGUGUGAUCAGCAGUCCUGUUCUGAGUUCAGAGUCGGAGUGGGUGGGUUAUCCCUUUCAGCUGUUGGAUUUCACAGCGUGUCAUCGCUCGUAUUCAGAGAUGCACUGCAGUUACGUGCUGGCGCUGGCACACGCCGUCUGGCAUCACUCCAGCAUCGGACAACUCUCACUCAUACCCAAGUUCCUGAAUGAGGUUCUGAAGCCCAUCGUGAAGACAGAGUUCCAGCUGUUGUAUGUGUAUCAUCUGGUGGGGCCGUUCCUUCAGCGCUUCCAACAGGAGAGAACCAGAUGCAUGCUGGAGAUCGGUGUGGCGUUUUAUGAGAUGCUUCAGACUGUGGAUCAACACUCUAAACAUCUGUCCUUUAUGGAUCCCAUCUGUGACUUUCUUUACCACAUCAAAUACAUGUUCACUGGAGACAGCGUCAAAGACCAGGUGGAGCGGAUCAUCUGUUCACUGAGGCCGGCGAUGAGACUCCGUCUCCGCUUCAUCACUCACAUCAGUAAGAUGGAGCCAGCAGCCGCCGUUUCCAUGGCGACCACCAUCCCUCAGCCGGCGAGCGUCUCAUCCCCGGCGCCUCAGAGUGGAGCUGGAGCGUCCAGUAUUCCUCUGUCAGCGGCUCAGUGAGGUGAAGACAGACGAGAUGACAGCAUUUCAUGUUCACUAGUGAACUAUUUCUUUUCUUUUUUGCUUUCUUGGUUUUUUGAACUUUUAUUACAUUGAGAGGAUACAGAUACAGAUACAAGAGAACAGAAACAUUACCCCCCACACUACCCCAAUCCAAACUCAAUACGUAAAUAUAGAGUCUAAUCAAAGUUUAGAAAGUCAUCACCUUUGUACAUAUUUACAUCAACAAACGAGACGCUACAAGUAUAAAUGAUGUUCACACAGUGCAGGUUCUUCUUCUCUAUAUUUAAAUAAAUAAAGAUCAGAUUCAUAAUCCGAAAUACAUCACACAAGGGUUUCACUGAGGAACGUAUGACACUUGUUAGGGAAUGUUUGUAUUUAAUGCUUCGAUUCCGGCCUGAAAUGAAGAUUGUUGAGCACAUUUGAGUCGGGUCACAUUGCAUCGCUGCAGGGGGUUGUGUCCAUGGGACAUUCACAUCCACAGAACUGAAGAAAAGAGCCGGAACCACUUCAUCCAGCGGAACGCCACAGACUUUCAUUUCUCAUUAAAACUUUAGUGUAAACUUUGAUAGAAAAAUUCUUAUUUUAUAUCAAAUAAAAGUGUUUUUGUCUUUUUA